AAAGCUCUGUGAGAACGGUGGAGGAAAAAAUGAGCAAAAUAUUGCUACAAAUCACACAUGGGGACACACUUUAGAUUUUACACCAACAAGAAAGGAAGUAAGGUGAACAAGUCUUAGAAAAAUAAGUUUCACUUGCAGCUGGUGAAGUAGUGGACACAGGAGUUUGUGAGCUUAGCUUUCAUCACUUGAGCAAACCCCCUCAUUGGUGGGCUUAUUCUCUUCUUGCUGAGAUCAGAUGGACCCGGAGCACUGGGGAUGCCUCCAAGCAACUGUUCCAGUGGAUAAAUGAACAAAACAGAUAACUGCAAAGCAAUUCUGGUUCACUUGGUGCCAUACAGUGACAAGAUUCAGAGACAGGUUGAUUGCCAUUGACUCUUCAGUGACCCAGAUGGUCCUCCAUUCUCAGAUCCCAUGCAAACAUGAAGUUCAUCUGUCAGUGGAUUCUUCUGUCCAUUGUCAUGAUAGCAGUGACCAUGAUGUGCUGUGUUGAGGCCAAGACCACACCCAAGCCCAAGUAUUACUACACCAAGAAGCCUCUGCCUCCGGUCACGGCGCACAACCUCAGGAUCCCCGGCACACCGAAGCCCAAGAUGGGCUAUAAUCCACCUGAGCUUCGCCCGCUGUCUACCUACCCCAUUAAUGCUUUUCCUCAGGACCACACAGUAAGCACAGAUCCUCCCAGUGUAGGCCCUGACAACUACACCCUGGAUUACAACGAGUGUUACUUUAACUUUUGCGAGUGCUGUCCACCUGAGCGAGGCCCCCAAGGUCCAAAGGGAGACGAUGGCCCAGCAGGGCCAACGGGGGAAAGAGGCUUUACCGGGUCAGCUGGCUCACCUGGACCAAAGGGUGCAAGUGGUUCGAGGGGGAUCAAAGGGGACAAAGGGGAAAAGGGUGAAAGGGGAUACACUGGUCCAGGUGGAUAUCCUGGGGUUAUGGGGAAACCGGGGCAGAAAGGUGAUCUUGGACCUAAAGGUGAGAAAGGUGAGGCUGGGAUGCAAGGAGUUAAAGGCGAUGAUGGGCAGAGAGGUGAAUCUGGACCGAGUGGGACACCUGGUGAGAAAGGAGAACCGGGAAAAGCGGGGCCAGUUGGACCCCCUGGAGUGAAUCUUGGUCCUAAAGGAGAUAAGGGUGAUAAGGGGGAGUGUGGGACAUACGGGGAAAGAGGGCCAAAAGGUAAUCGCGGGGACACCGGUGCUCCAGGAAUACCAGGAGCGAUGGGAAUCCCCGGAAUCAACGGCAAACACGGAUCUGCGGGUCCUGUCGGCGUUCGUGGGGAUCCUGGACCUCCUGGAGCACAGGGGGAACCUGGUGUGAGUGGAGCACAGGGGCCACAAGGUGUUCGAGGAGUGCAGGGGCCAAAGGGGGAUAGAGGUUACCACGGGAUGAGAGGUGAAAGGGGAAUGCGUGGCUUUAAAGGAGCAAAGGGAUCAGGCUUCCCCACCAAACGCUCAGCAUUCAGCGUGGGCAUCUCCCCAAAAAGGUCCUUCCCGCCGUCUGGAUUCCCCGUCCGCUUUGACAAAGUGUUCUACAAUGACGAGAACCACUUCAACUUCAGCAGCAACAGCUUUGUGUGCGUCCACGCCGGCGUGUAUGUCUUCUCCUACCACAUCACCGUACGAAAUCAACCCCUGCGCGCCACGCUGGUGGUGAACGGCUCACGACGGGUGAGGACCAGGGACUCGCUGUACGGCCAAGACAUCGACCAGGCGUCCACUCUGGUGGUGCUGCGUUUGGGGGCGGGCGAUCAGGUGUGGAUUGAGACCUUCAGAGACUGGAAUGGGGUGUACGCCAGCAGUGAAGACGACAGUAUCUUCUCUGGGUUUCUACUUUACUCACCCUGAUGGUGAACAUACUGUACAUUUUAAUGAAGUGGGUGUGGCAGCGGACCUUAUACUCAUAAACACUUUUGAACUGUACAGUACUUUGUGGUGCAAGUAGUUUUACAUUUUAUAAACUGUACAAACCCUAUU